AAUACGUACUGCGUUGUUUGUACGCUGGUGCUGAAGUUAGCCGACGGUAACUAAUGUUUGAGCUCUCUAACUGGUUAACGUUACAGUCAGUGACGUUCACCUAGUUUUAACUGUCUAGGUAUAUACUAUAUACUUUAAAUACUUAAACCGUGUUUCUCAAGUACAAACGCCGCCUUCCGUUUCCGUUUAGUCGGUGUUUGUUGUUGAGGACUAGCCGUUAGCAUAGCAGGCUAACCUGCUCUACAAUGGAGGGCAGCGCCAGCGUGAGGAAAGCUCUGUCCGGGACUCUGGUCCCUAUGACGGUCUCUACGGUGGCUCUCCUACAACAACAACCAGAGGAGGACGACAAGGGGAAGAAGCACAGGAAGGUCCUCGAUGAAGAGGUGUACCUUGAGAGUUUAGAGAAGAUCAUCCAGAGGGACUUCUUCCCAGAUGUCACUAAACUGCAAGCACAGAAAGACUAUCUUGACGCGGAGGACACUGGUGACCUGGAGAGAAUGAGAGAGAUAUCCAUCCGAUAUGGAUCAUCUUUGACUAAAUCUACACCACGGUCUACUGCACCCUAUGUGACGCCAGCAAGCUUUGAGACACCAGUGGGCCGCUCAGGGUCUCCCUCCUCCAUACAUGGUAAUAAAGGUUUAGAUGGCGAGAGCAAGGAUGGUGACAAGGAAGAGAAAGAGCUGCCCUGUCUGGAUCGCUUCCUUGCUAAAAAUACCAGUGAGGAUAAUGCAUCAUUUGAGCAGAUUAUGGAUCUGGCAGAAGACAAGGAGAAGCUGAGGCAUUCCUGGUUAUAUGAAGCUGAGGCUGAAUACAAGCAGCGCCAUGAUGAGAACCUUGCAUUACCAUCAGUAGAGAAAGCAGCUCUUGAAUGUGUCAAAGCUGGACUUGAGACAUGGGAGUACAAAGCGAAGAAUGCCUUGAUGUAUUAUCCAGAGGGUGUUCCAGACGAUGAUGCUCUAUUUAAGAAGCCAAGGGAGGUAGUUCACAAGAACACACGCUUUGCUGGAGACCCGUUCAGCAAAGCUCUCAACAAAAGCCAGAUUCAGCAGGCUGCUGCCCUUAAUGCACAAUUCAAACAGGGUAAAGUGGGCCCCGAUGGGAAAGAGCUCAUUCCGCAUGAAUCCCCAACAGUGAAUGGAUAUGGCUUUGAAAGUAUGCCAUCUCCUGCACCUGGUUUAACUGACUCGCCUUUGAUGACCUGGGGUGAGAUCGAGAGCACCCCAUUUCGUCUGGAUGGAUCGGACUCCCCAUAUGUUGAGAGGAAUCAUGGUCCAUCCUUUAAGAUUCCAGAACCAGGAAGACGAGAGAGACUGGGUUUAAAGAUGGCCAAUGAAGCUGCCGCUAAAAACCGUGCAAAGAAACAGGAGGCAUUGCGAAAGGUCACGGAGAACCUUGCAAGUCUUACGCCUAAAGGUCUGAGCCCGGCCCUCACCCCCGCCCUGCAGAGGCUCGUAAAUCGGACAUCCAGCAAAUACACGGACAAAGCUCUACGAGCGAGUUACACCCCGUCGCCCUCCGAUAGAGUCUGCAAGAGUCCCUUCGGUGGCCCGGCCACUCCCACAGGAACGCCAACACCAACCAAAGCCAAGACGCCUGGCUCUCAGGACCUCACAUCACUCACAGACAAUCUGCUGCAACUUCCCAAGAGACGGAAAGCCUCAGACUUUUUCUAAGUAAGAGAAGCUGUUCUCUGCUGGGAUUGUACAAAAAUCAGACAUAUUAUAAUGUGGAGAAUUACGAACUGUCCAGAUCCCGGUUUCUCCAAUUAAAGAGCACAUCUUUCAGCUGGAUGUCUGGAUAAAGAAAUGCACAGAGGACUGAAGAAUUUCUAAGGAUUUAUGUGUUACAUUUUUGAGCAGAUGGGUUAAAGUACAUCCCUGUGAAAUACAGUGUCCAAAUUCUAUUUAAUUACUUCUUGUUAAUCUUAUUUUUUAUAUUUAGUUUUAUCCCAAAUACAAGGUUUCAUAGAUUUGUGUACAGUUGUUUCCACUCUAACAAAGGUUUGUUAUCCCUACCACACAGCCACCUACCCAGCAGCACAUGCUUAAAUGAUGUUAAUAUAAUUAUAAUCCAGUAGCUGUUUCUGAGAAUCACACAUGCAAGAAAGAUUUCAACGCACAGCAUCCAAUAGCUGUCACCCAGCUCUCCUUAUAUGCUGUCAUGACAUUUCAAUGUUUGUCUUUGCAUCAUAGAAAUUACUCAAACCCAACGUCAAACUAUUGUGUUAAUGUUAAAAAUGGGGAAAAAAAGACACAAGGCUUCAGUUAGACAGCUCACUGAUAGUCAGUGUAAAUGAUGUUUCAUUUUGCACUAUAUGGGAAAAAUAUACAGGCAGAGUUGGGCUCAGCAUCAUAAAUCUGUACAACCGUUUUCUUAAAAUCUGUAAUAAAAUUUUUGACAAAAAAA